UACCGUGAGUACGUGAGCAGGUGGAGCUAAAUGCCAUCAUUGUUGAUGUUCUUCGGAGAUCUGAAAUUAAUCGGACAGAGAAGAAAUGUUCCGGUUGCACAGGCACCGCUCUCAGAAAUCAGGGGAGAGGAUCGAUUUCAAGUUUUCCAAUUUCCAGGCCAUUCAGGUACCAAAAGGAUGGGACAAACUUUUUGUGUCAAUUGUCUCUGUGGAAAGUGGGAAAACAAUUGCCAAGUCAAGUAAAGCAUCAGUACGGAAUGGGAAUUGCCAAUGGACAGAGUCUCUGUCAGAAUCUAUAUGGCUUUCACAAGAUAAUGCUUCAAAAGAGCUUGAAGAGUGUCUUUUUAAGUUUGUUGUUUCCCCGGGAUCUGUUAGAUCUGGUAUUCUUGGUGAGGCAACGGUGAACCUGACAGGCUACAUUAAUUCAAGAGCUUCUUCCUCUGCCUUGUUGCCAUUGAAAAAAUGCAAUCAUGGGACAAGUUUACAAGUCAAAAUUCAAUGUCUUACACCAAGAGCAAGAGUCAGGGAUGAGCAACAGAAAGAAACAAAUUCCCAUCCAGAGGAUCUGAAUGCAGACUAUGAUGACAUGGACAACAAGUCAGAUGGGUCUGAUUAUACAUUCAAUCGGAGUUUUGGGUCUUCCUCUAGUACUAAUUUGGGCAGCACUUCUCAUCCAGGAGAUCUUGGUAUCAGGGACCCAAGUUUCUCUGCAUCAGGUUCACACCAUAGCUCUGAUUCCGCUGAAGGUUUGAUAGGCAGGACAAAUUUUUCACCUAGGAACAGCUUAACUGCUGAUGUGUAUAAUCUAGUUGGAAGACAAGAUUCAAAUGGCCCUUAUUCUAUUGAUGAUCAUUCUCAAUCAAAUCACGCUUCCCUUAAUUCAAGAGUGACAAGUUCAGGCAGCAAUCUAAAGAAUCAGAGCCCAGAGUUGUGGCAAAGUUCUUCGCCUGUGCAUGCUACACCAUCCUUGAGGAAUGCUGGUUCUUCUAAAGAUGUGGAACCUGCAGAAGAUACAAUUAAGGAGCUCCGUUCUGAAGCUAAGAUGUGGGAAAGAAAUGCUCGCAAGUUAAUGCAAGAUCUGGAAAUAUUGAAGAAGGAAUUCUCUGACCAGUCAAUGCACCAGGCAGAUCUGGAUAUGGAGCUUUCAGCAGCAUAUGCUGAGCGCGAGGGCUUAAAGCAGGAAAUCGAACAACUUAAAGUGUUGUUAGAGGAAUCAACAGUGAAACAAACAGCUACUGAAAAUUCUAAAUUUCAAUCAAAAGGCAUGUCACAUGUUCAGAAGGAUUUGGAAGAAGAGAUCAAGUUUCAUCAAGAGUCCAAUGCUGAAUUGGCUCUACAACUGAAGAAAACACAAGAAUCCAAUUUUGAGCUUGUUGCUAUUCUUCAGGAACUGGAAGAGACCGUAGAGAAACAAAGAUUGGAAAUAGAUAAUCUUUCAGCACUAAAAUUGAAGUUAAAUGAUCUGGAGAACUGCAGCCAAGACAAUGAAGACAAUGAAGAACUAAAUUCAAAUAUGGAAGGCAGCAGUGUUGAAAUCACACCCAAAUCCCAUGAAGCAGGGGAAGAGGAUAAUUCAAUAUUGGUAUUCCAGCUGAAAGAGUUGCAGGAAUCACAGAAGAGUUUGCAAACAACUAUUGAAUUAUUGGAAAAGGUCGUGGAGGACAAAAACCAGGAGAUCGAGGUUGAACGAAGCCAGAGGAACCAAAUGUUACUGAAUACAGAGGCUAAUUGGAGGCAUGAGCUAUCUGCAAAAGAGGAACAAAUCCUCAAUUUAGAAGCAAAAUUAUCUGAUUCUCUCAUUACUCAAUGUUCAGGGGAUAUAGGGUUUGUUAAUGGAUCCAACCUUGAUCUGCUCAAAGAAAUUGAAGCCUUAAAAGCAAAAGUGCAGGAACUAGAGAGGGACUGCAAUGAGCUUACAGAUGAAAACCUGGGACUUCUACUUGAGCUCAAGGAAUCAAAAAAGGAUCUUCUGACUGGAGGCAUUUUGUCUCAUUCUUUACCCAGUGAAGGUAAUGUUUCUGCCAAUGCAUCUGAGUUUGAAGUCAGUGAUAUUAAAUCCCAAAUAUUCAAGCAAGAAGAGGGGAUGAAUAAAGAAAUGGGAAGUGAUGGUGUUGCAACCAAACACUUACAAAACCAAUUGGUAGAUUUUCAGAAGAAAUGUAAUGAUCUGGAGCUUCAGUUGCAAGCUUUUAAGGACAAAGAAUGUGAUCUUGAUGCCCAACUCCAAAAGAGCCAAGAGAAAGUAGAAAAGCAAGAAAUGAAAAUUGCUGAAUUGCAGAGGCAGUUAGUCAGUUCCCAAGCAGUAAAAAUGGACAGAGAGGAUCAUCUUAGUGUUCCAUCUACAAAAAAUUUUGAAUCAAAUGGUGAGAUAGAAAUUCCCAAAAUAUUCUCUGAAUUAUUUGAGCAGCUUCAGUUGGUUCUGGCUCAUGUUCAGAAGCCAUGGUACAACUUUUGUGUUGUAAAUAAUGGAUGUGAAAAUCCUCUUAAUAAUUCAGAGUAUCUGAACUGUGUACAUGUCAUCACUCAAAAGGAGCAGCCUGAGAUUAUCUUAAAUGAUUUUGUCAGGCUGAAUAAAUUAUUGGAAGAAGAGAUUAGCAAGCUGGAGGAAGUACUUCAUAAUAAUGAAGCAAAGAGCAAGGAAAUAGGUGGAAAUGUUACUGAUGCUCUGAAGAAGCUGGACAUUUAUGAUUCGAAGGAAAAUAGACUUCAUCUUUCGAUCCAAGAAAUUGAGCAGUUUAGUAUGGAACUGGAAGCUAAAGUUUCUGACCCAAAUAAGGAACCAAUUGCAAAGAGGUCUGAGAUCGGGGAGCUUGAGGCUGGCUUAUCAUUGAAGGAAGAUGAGAUUGAGGUUCUAAGAUGUUCUAAGAGUGAGUUAGAAUCACAGGUUUCCAAUCUUCAGAAAGAGAAGAGUCAUUUGGAGGAGAGCAUAGAGGCCUUGCUAAGAGAAAGCAGUAUUACCUCUAAAAGUGUGGAUGACGCACGAAAUGAUCUGAUGGUGCUCAGCAGUUUGGAAUCCCAUGUUUCUUCCAAUAAGAUUCUUGAAAGGAAAUUGUUGGAGCUAGAAAGUGGAAAAUAUGAAUUGGAGCUCCAUUUAUCUGAGCUGGAAGAAGAGAACAUACAGUUGUCAGAGAGGAUAUCUGGUUUAGAAGCGCAACUGAGGUAUUUGACGGAUGAAAGGGAAACCUGUCGAUUGGAACUGGAAAAUUCUAAAGCAUUUUCUCUUGGUCUCCAGGAUGAGAUUAGAAGACUGGGGGUUGAGAUGGAGGCACAAAAAUUGGAUCUAAAACAAAAAUUGCAGGAGAUGCAGAAGCGUUGGUCAGAAGCUCAAGAGGAGUGUGAAUAUCUGAAGAGGGCAAAUCCAAAAUUACAGUCCACAGCUGAAAAUCUCAUUGAAGAAUGCAGUUCUCUUCAGAAAUUGAAUGGGGAACUACGGAAGCAGAAACUGGAGUUGCAUGAACGUUGUACACAUUUGGAGACUGAACUGAGGGAAUCACAAGAGAGAUUUUCUGAUAGCUUUAAAAAAGUUGAAGUUUUAGAGAAAAGUUUGUCUUCAAUGCAGGUGGAUAUUGCCUCAAAAGGGAAGUUCCUAACGUCAGAACUUGAUGCUCUUCUUCGUGAAAACAAGGAACAUAAAGAGAAACUUAUGGGAGAGAGCUUGUUAAAUCAGAUGUAUUUUGAAAAGAAGAUUGAAAUUGAGAAUCUCCAAAGAGAGGUAGCACAUCUCACUGAGCAGAUAUCUGCAACUCAUGAUGAAAGAGAGGUAACAGCUUCUGAUGCAGUACUUGAAGUAUCCAGUUUACGUUUAGAUAAAGCCAAACUGGAAAUUGUUCUUCAAGAAGUCCAAGCUAGAAUUAAAUCAACUGAGAAUGAAUUAGAUACCCUUCGAGCAGACUCAGAAGCUAAGGUAGAAAGCUUGAUUUUUGAACUAUCUGCUUCCAAACAAAAUCAAGAACUGCUGAUGGCGGACAAUGACAAACUGCUUCGAUCAUUGCAGGAUGCAAGAGCUAGUGAAGAUAAGCUUAAAAGUAAUGCAAACGUGCUUGAAAGAAAACUUUCAGAUUCUGAAUAUGAAAGGAAACAAGUAGUGGAAGAAAUUACUACCCUGAAGGUCCAGUUGCAGAAAAUUGCACAUCUUCAGGAAGAAGUCUUGGCUCUUAAAAGCUCACUCAAUGAAACUAAGUUUGAAAAGGAGAAAUUGGAAGCUUCAUUGCAGUUACUGUCUGAAGAUUGUGAAGAACUGAAGGCAGAAAGAGUCUCAUUUCUUGAGAAAAUUUCUAGUAUACAAAAUACUGUGUCCGAAUUAGAGGAUUGCAGACGUGCAAAGGUUGCCCUUGAAGAAAAGCUUCUGCGUCUUGAAGGUGAUCUGACUGCAAGCUCAGCAUUAUGUGCCCAUGAUGCUGAGCUGAAAAAUGAGCUUAGCCGCCUUAAAAGAGCGAAUAGCCAAUUUCAGCGGAAGAUACAGCUCCUUGAAGAAGAGAAAGAAGAGUACCUGAAGAAAGCUCAAACCCUUGAAGAGGAACUACAGCUGAAGAAAGAAGAAAAACCUGGUCAGAGUGAGUCCAGAAAUAAAGAUUUGUCGGGAUUUUCCAAGUCCGAUACUAUAGCUUUUCCGACACAUGGAGAACCGGAGCUCCUGAAGGAUGAGAUGGAAAACAAUGCCCAGCACCAAGUAAUCUGGACACCGUCUCUGAACACUAGUCCCAUGCAAGAGCUUCCAGAACGUCAACAGAGUCUCAAUGCCAAUCAAUAUGAAAGAGAGGGUGAUAGCUUUCAUCAUGGUCAUAUUGGAAGUCCUCAUGUUAUAGGAGUUAAUCUUGUAUCAAAGAUCCAACAGCUUGAGAAUGAACUUGCGGAGGCUUUGGAGGCAAAUGAAAUGUAUAAAGUGCAGCUUAGGAGGUUAUUAUCUGAAGGGGAAAAUGGUCAUUCAGAUGCUCCCAAGCAAUUAAGAGAUGAAAUUGAGAUCUUAAAGAAAGAAGGAUAUGAGCAGAAGGCGUCAUUGCUUGAGGCAGAGUUGAAAGAAAUCCGUGAGCGCUACUUCCACAUGAGCAUCAGAUAUGCAGAGGUAGAAGCUCAGCGCGAGGAACUUGUAGUAGAGCUCAAGACUGUCAAAAAUGGAAGGCGAUGGUUCUCAUGAAUCCAGGACCUUACUGGGUCAGUUUUCUAGCUCUCUUGUAACUCUUCUAAAUAGAAGUCUUUCUCUUUUUCCUUUUUCACAGUCUCAAUUCUCAGAAGAGGAAUAAUAUGUGGUCAAAGAGGAGGGCAAAGAAUUUAUAGCCAGGGGAACCUGCUUGUAAAAUGAAAUGAUUCAAUUCAAA